UCUCGCUUAUCUAUCGACAUCCACCGUGCCAAUCUACGUGAACAUGUACUUCUCGGAGAUGUCCGAGCUAGAGGCCACUCAGAUGCGUUCCUUCGAGAUCUAUGUCGACGGCGUGCAUGUUUCAGCACCUGUAAGCCCGCCUUAUCAGGAUUUCAUCGAGUUAUCCUUUGCUAACAUUACAGCAAACUCCAACACAGCCAUCGAGUUGAGGCCCACGGCUGACUCCACGCUUCCGCCAAUCAUCAGCGCCAUGGAGGUUUUCCUUGUCAGUGCUGCUCUGAGCAAUGGAACCAAUGCAGACGACGUGAACGCACUUGGGACUCUGCAACGACAGUUCGAGGUCCUCCUGGACUGGAAUGGCGAUCCCUGCCUCCCAUUAUCCUACAACUGGGAAUGGGUGAGAUGCAGCUCCGAUGAAAAACCUAGAAUCACAGUACUAAAUCUAUCCGGAUUUAGACUUACUGGAGUUCUGCCCAACUUCGGUGCAUUAACUGCCCUGGAAAUUGUAGAUCUGCACGAUAACUCCUUGAGUGGGGAGAUUCCAGAUUUCUUAGGCAAUUUGCCCAAACUACGAAUACUGUAAGCGAUAGAAUCUGCUUGGAGUUUUAGCUUAGCUUUCUGUACUGAAGAUUAUUGUGCAUGCUCCAUCUUGUAGAAACUUGGCUUACAACAACUUCAGUGGAUCGAUACCCUCCUCGCUGACGCAGAACACCAAUCUUGACUUGGAGUAAGCCAAUCGAAUUCCACAAACGGUUUGCAUGCACGAAUCGUAGGGU